UUGCAAUCCCGGUAGAAAACAGUACUCGUAAUAUAGAAAAAUCUAGAGCCCUAGCACUAGUAGCCGCAAUAAUAAUUGAAAAAUAAUGUUGGGGAAAAAGAGGAAUAGAUAGCUCAUGGAUUUGAUUAAUAAGUUUUCAACAACUUCGGUACUUUAUGUCGUCAAUAAAUUCCAUCUUUACUUAGCCUCUUUCUCAUUGGCAAUACUGAAAUUGCAUAUAAAUCCAAAAGGCAACCAGUCAAGUGUUUAUAAACAAGUAUAGUAGAGCUAUUAGUAAAGCCCUAGGAGGACCGUGCUAAUGUUGUGUUCUAUUUUGAAAGAGAAAAGAAUCUCAAUGCUCCUGUCUAAAUCCUGUCACCACUAUAUGCUUGGAUUGUGGUAACUGAUUUUAUUAACCCAGAUCUCAGUAAGAUGAAACAUCAACAGAGUUUCAGAAUCAUUUAUCAUGGCAAAGGCUUUUCCUCUGAAUGGUGAGAACUGCACCCUUACUAACGGUGCAAACGUCGUUGGUGAUAGCAGUGGUGAGAAGCUGCAGGCUAUUAGCAAGGAGAUCAAUAACGUGCACCUUCUUCACUGUGACAACGUUAAAAUGGUUAGGAAGAGGACGGCGUCUGACAUGGAAAUCCAGACCGGUGCCGGCGAAGAGCAUAGAUAUCUACGCCGGCCUGCUACGAUAGGCGGGUCUCACUCUCAGAUUGGUGAUUUAAGGGUUUGCGGCAAUAGUAAUUUUGGUCAUAAUAUGAACAGUAAUCCAACGACGACGACCACCCACGUUUCCAACUACUCCACUAUGCAAAUGUUACCUUCUUCCACGAGUUUGUGUGGUGUGACGUCAAGAGGAGGGCCUGGGCUUGAUACCGGCUUUUCUAAUUCUACCCCAAACCUAACUUGCACAGACGCCAUAACAUCGCAUCAUCAGUCUCAAGGUCCUCAAACCCAGAACAACAACUAUCAAUCCCCAUCUGUUUGUGUUUUCUCCGGUUUGCCCCUUUUUCCUCCGGAUAGAAAUCUCCAAAACAGCGGUUUACAACUCCAGCAACCUGCAGCAGCAGUUGUAUCUUCACCCCUUACAACUGGAAGAAUCGACCCCAUGGAGGAUAGCACGUCGGCAACGGCAUGGAUUGACAGUAUUAUAAAGGAUUUAAUCAACAGCUCCGCUCAAGUAUCUGUGCCCCAACUCAUCCAGAACGUGAGGGAGAUAAUCCACCCUUGCAAUCCAUAUCUCGCAUCCCUCCUGGAGUACAGGCUUCGCUCUCUUACAAGUAAUAAUAAUGGUGGCGCUGAUCAAAAUGACCCCAUGGAGUGCUGGAGAAGAAAAGAACCGCUGCCACAGCUAGCGAGCUUACAACAGGCCCAAAACAAUGCCAAUUUAUUGCAGCACAAUAUUUUGUCCCUUCCUGAUUCUUCAAAUAAUCAAUACUUAAACUGGGAAAUAGCUUUGCCAGCCAGCCACAAUGCUCCGGUGGCGCCCUCUCUGAACCAGCACCAACACCUUGGUGGCAAUAAUCCCACUGCAACAGAUCUUUCAUUUGUUACGUCUCCCAUCCUUUCUCCUCAAGUGCAGCAACAGCAACAACAACAACAAGAAUCUCCUCAUUCUCAACAACAGGCAGCCGCAGUAGACUUAGAACAACAACAGAAGCAACAACAAUCUUCUAGUUCUCUAUCUCCUAAGUCGGUGGCUGACAAUAGUGCCAAAACAAAAACUUCAACACCAGCUCCACCACCCCCGAUCAACACGUACCGAGAGAAAAAGGAAGAAGAGCGACAACAGAAGAGGGAUGAAGAAGGAUUGCACAUUUUAACCUUGCUAUUGCAAUGUGCAGAAGCGGUAUCCGCUGAUAAUCUAGAAGAGGCAAAUAAAAUGCUAUUAGAAGUAUCCGAACUCUCCACACCGUUUGGCACAUCUGCACAGCGUGUCGCUGCAUAUUUCUCAGAAGCCAUGUCAGCUAGGCUGUUGAAUUCAUGCUUGGGAAUAUACGCAGCGCUACCAAUGACCAGCGUCCCCAUGGUUUACACCCAAAAACUGGCAUCCGCUUUCCAGGUUUUUAAUGGGAUCAGCCCCUUCAUUAAAUUCUCCCAUUUCACAGCCAAUCAAGCUAUACAAGAAGCUUUUGAGAGAGAAGACAGGGUGCAUAUCAUAGACCUUGAUAUAAUGCAAGGUCUUCAAUGGCCCGGUCUUUUCCACAUCUUGGCUUCCAGGCCCGGUGGGCCUCCUUUUGUUCGACUCACCGGGCUUGGAACCUCCGUGGAUGCUCUUGAAGCCACAGGCAAACGACUAUCCGAUUUUGCCGAGAGAUUAGGCCUUCCUUUUGAGUUUUUACCAGUCGCUGACAAAGUUGGAAACUUAGACCCUGAGAAAUUGAAUGUGAGCAAGAGAGAAGCCGUUGCAGUUCAUUGGUUGCAACAUUCGCUUUAUGAUGUCACUGGCAGCGACUCUAAUACACUCUCCCUCUUGCAAAGGUUGGCUCCAAAGGUGGUGACUGUUGUGGAGCAGGACCUGAGCCACGCGGGUUCAUUCCUGGGGAGGUUUGUGGAGGCAAUACAUUACUACUCGGCUCUAUUUGACUCACUUGGUGCGUGCUACGGGGAGGAGAGUGAAGAAAGACACGUCGUGGAGCAACAACUAUUAUCGAAGGAGAUACGUAAUGUGCUAGCCGUAGGUGGUCCAUCAAGGAGCGGGGAGGUGAAGUUCAACAACUGGAGGGAGAAGCUUCAACAGUCUGGGUUUAGAUGCUUAUCUCUUGCUGGUAAUGCUGCUGCACAAGCUACUCUUUUACUCGGAAUGUUCCCGUCUCAUGGAUACACUUUGGUUGAGGAUAAUGGAACUCUCAAACUUGGCUGGAAAGAUCUUUGUUUGUUUACUGCUUCUGCAUGGAGGCCUAAUUCCUUGCAUGCUGCAACAGGUUCUCGUCAUUUCUCUCGUCCUAAUAUGGAUUAGACGGUCUUUAUACAGUUAAGUCAGUGAAUUUUGAAUAUCGAAUGAUUAAAAAAAAAGGAAUGUGCGGUCAGAAAAUGUGUCUUUCCUUCUUGCUCGUGAUAUCUUUUCAUGUCAUGUAUGUAUACAUCCAAAGGUGAUUUGUUAACUCCCUUUAUUUUCAGUAGUCAUUAAUUUAUGUU